GGGUCUUUUUGUCUCUAGAGCAGAUUAAACGUCACGUCCGCACUUGAACUUGAAUUUUAUCCCAUUGUACAGAGGCAGCCCCAGCCACAGAGAGACCGAGAGCUCCCGGAGAACCCGGACUCCGCCAUCUUCACGUUGCAAUCUAUAGCUCCUGUCCACGCCCGCACCGACCCGGGCGCACUGGGCGAACCGCCCCGCAGACCCGCUCCCCCUGGGCCCGCGGCGCCGGGCAGUGCUGGGGAGCGCGCGCGGGGACCCGCAGCCCCUCCGGCCGGCGCCAGCCUGCCAGGUGACCCGGGAAGGAGCCGCUCCCGGAGUCCCCCAGAGCCUCGGAGGGGUCAGCCUCCGAGAAAGAAAAAAAGCAGGCAGCGCGCAGAAAACCCAGAAAGAGCCGAACCAAGGCAGUUUUUCAUUGCUUUCGGGUUUUUGAGGGGGCGGGGUAAGGGGGGCACGAGACAAGUCCCCAAGUUUUCUUUGCUUUUUUUUUUUUUUGCUUCUUUUUUGAAAUUUGUUUGCAUUUUUUUCUCCCCCCUCCCCUUGGGUGGAAGUGCGCGUUCCACCUACCAGACCCCGAAAGAAAGGUGUCAAGAGGCCGGUGCAAAACCCGGUGUAACUUCAAGAAGACAUUUACAAGUCUAAGAGGCCAAGCACUUUGAAGAAGUGUGAGAAAUAUUUUUCCUUCAAAAGAAUAUAUUUUUUAAAGAAACCGGUCAGCCCGCGGCGAGCAACUGCAGUUUUAUAAUUUAUUUUAGCCUUUUCUAUUUUAGACCAAGCCAUCUUCCUGGUUUUUUUCUUUUUGCAAAAACAAAAACAAAAACACAGCCCAGAAGAAAAAGCAAAAUAAAGACGAAGAAGAAGAAGAGGAGGAGGAGGAAGAAGAGAGGAAGGGCAGAGGCACCAACCCGGGCGGAGGAGGAGGCGCGGCGGCGGCGGCGGCGGCUCUGACCCCCUCCCCGGCCCGCAUCUGUGCAGCUCUCCGGGCGAUGCCAGAAUAGAUGCCGGGGCAAUGUCCCGCCGCAAACAGGGCAACCCGCAGCACUUGUCCCAGAGGGAACUCAUCACGCCAGAGGCUGACCAUGUGGAGGCCGCCAUCCUUGAGGAGGACGAGGGUCUGGAGGUAGAGGAGCCGAGCGGCCUGGGGCUGAUGGUGGGUGGCCCCGACCCUGACCUACUCACCUGUGGCCAGUGUCAGAUGAACUUUCCGCUGGGGGACAUCCUGGUUUUUAUAGAGCACAAGAAGAAACCGUGUGGGGGCCUGGGCGCCUGCUACGACAAGGUCCUGGACAAGGGCAGUCCUCCACCCUCCUCUCGCUCUGAGCUCAGGAGAGUAUCUGAGCCAGUAGAGAUCGGGAUCCAGGUCACACCGGAUGAAGAUGACCACCUAUUGUCGCCCACGAAAGGCAUCUGUCCCAAGCAGGAGAACAUUGCAGGGCCGUGCAGGCCUGCCCAGCUGCCAUCGAUGGCCCCCAUAGCUGCCUCCUCUUCCCACCCUCCCACAUCCGUGAUUACUUCACCUCUGCGUGCCCUGGGCGCUCUCCCACCCUGUUUCCCGCUGCCUUGCUGUGGUGCACGCCCUAUCUCGGGCGACGGGACUCAGGGUGAGGGUCAGAUGGAGGCUCCCUUUGGAUGCCAGUGUCAGUUGUCAGGUAAAGAUGAGCCUUCCAGCUACAUUUGCACAACAUGCAAGCAACCCUUCAACAGCGCCUGGUUCCUGCUGCAGCAUGCGCAGAACACGCAUGGCUUUCGCAUCUACCUGGAGCCUGGGCCAGCCAGCACCUCGCUCACGCCCAGGCUCACCAUACCGCCGCCGCUUGGGCCGGAGGCCGUGGCACAGUCCCCGCUCAUGAAUUUCCUGGGGGACAGCAACCCAUUCAACCUGCUGCGCAUGACGGGCCCCAUCCUGCGGGACCACCCAGGCUUCGGGGAGGGCCGCCUACCGGGCACGCCACCGCUCUUCAGCCCACCUCCACGCCAUCACCUGGACCCACACCGCCUCAGUGCAGAAGAGAUGGGGCUCGUGGCCCAGCACCCCAGUGCCUUUGACCGAGUCAUGCGCCUAAACCCCAUGGCCAUAGACUCUCCCGCCAUGGACUUCUCACGACGGUUGCGAGAACUGGCAGGCAACAGCUCCACGCCGCCGCCCGUGUCCCCAGGCCGUGGCAACCCUAUGCACCGGCUGCUGAACCCUUUCCAGCCUAGCCCCAAGUCCCCGUUCCUCAGCACGCCACCGCUGCCACCUAUGCCCACAGGCACACCGCCACCGCAGCCACCUGCCAAGAGCAAGUCCUGUGAGUUCUGCGGCAAAACCUUCAAAUUCCAGAGCAAUCUCAUCGUGCACCGGCGCAGCCACACGGGCGAGAAGCCCUACAAGUGCCAGCUGUGCGACCACGCGUGCUCGCAGGCGAGCAAGCUCAAGCGCCACAUGAAGACCCACAUGCACAAGGCGGGCUCUCUGGCUGGCCGUUCAGAUGAUGGGCUGUCAGCCGCCAGCUCCCCUGAGCCAGGUACCAGUGAGCUGCCCGGCGACCUUAAAGCAGCCGAUGGCGACUUCCGCCACCACGAGAGCGACCCAUCGCUGGGCCCUGAACCCGAGGAUGACGAGGAUGAGGAGGAGGAGGAGGAGGAGCUGCUGCUGGAGAAUGAGAGCCGGCCUGAGUCGAGCUUCAGCAUGGACUCGGAGUUGGGCCGAGGCCGUGAGAACGGGGGCGGCGUGCCACCGGGUGUGGCGGGCGCAGGGGCUGCAGCAGCGGCUCUGGCGGACGAGAAGGCGCUGGCACUGGGCAAGGUGAUGGAGGAUGCAGGGCUGGGCACACUGCCUCAGUAUGGGGAGAAGCGCGGCGCCUUCCUGAAGCGUGCAGGCGAUGCAAGUGACACGGGAGCCGGCGGCUGUGGGGACGCGGGUGCGCCAGGUGCAGUGAACGGGCGUGGUGGGGCCUUCGCUCCAGGCACCGAGCCCUUCCCCGCGCUCUUCCCACGCAAGCCCGCUCCACUGCCCAGCCCUGGGCUCGGUGGUCCCGCGCUGCAUGCGGCCAAGCGCAUCAAAGUGGAGAAGGACCUGGAGCUGCCACCUGCUGCACUCAUCCCUUCUGAGAACGUGUAUUCGCAGUGGCUCGUGGGCUAUGCAGCGUCACGCCACUUCAUGAAGGACCCUUUCCUGGGCUUCACGGACGCACGCCAGUCGCCUUUCGCCACGUCGUCGGAACAUUCCUCCGAGAACGGCAGCCUGCGCUUCUCCACACCACCCGGGGACCUGCUGGAUGGUGGGCUGUCAGGGCGCAGUGGCACGGCGAGCGGGGGCAGCACGCCUCACUUGGGUGGCCCAGGUCCUGGGCGGCCGAGCUCCAAGGAGGGCCGUCGCAGCGACACGUGCGAGUACUGCGGCAAGGUCUUCAAGAACUGUAGCAACCUGACGGUGCACCGGAGGAGCCACACCGGAGAGCGGCCUUACAAGUGCGAGCUGUGCAACUACGCGUGUGCGCAGAGCAGCAAACUCACACGCCACAUGAAGACGCAUGGGCAGAUCGGCAAGGAGGUGUACCGUUGCGACAUCUGCCAGAUGCCCUUCAGUGUCUACAGCACCCUGGAGAAACACAUGAAAAAGUGGCACGGUGAACACUUGCUGACUAAUGAUGUCAAAAUCGAGCAGGCCGAGAGGAGCUAAGCACGUAUGCGGGGGAGGGGACACUCGUGCGUCUGUACAGCGUGACCAUCGCCAACCAUCGCCAACGGACCCGGUGACCGGACUGGCCUCUGAGUCUCCGGGACCCAGGGAGGCGGCAGUCCAACCUAACCUGUGUCUGCGAAGUCCUAUGGAAACCUGAGGGUUGAUUAAGGCAGUAAAAAUUAAAAAAAAAAAAAAAA